CACGCUUUCAGGCCAACCAAAGCUUGAACCUCGAGAGCUCGACGAAACCACGCGCCAUCGCAAAACUGCCACUGCCCCUCCUGUCGGACUGACGCCGAUAACCCCUACGAGACGAAGAAGAACGAAAAGGUUCGACCCAAUUGGACUCCGAACACCGUCGACGGAGCCAUUGCCCGACGAGCAGAUACCCUCUCACGAAUCAACAUCUCCCGCAGAAACCGAGCGCAGCCGACCGCGGUAGGUCGGUAGGAACGAUUGAGCCAGGAUGCCUCAGGAUAUGCCGCCCGUGGGGGGAUACCAGGCUGUGCAGUACAAGCGCAACCUGCCUGCCCGUGGAUUCCGCCCCGGCACGAUGUUGCUCGGUAUGGGCCUUGUGAUGGGAUACGGAUGGUACCACUUGAUCAAGGGUAUCCGGGAAGCCAACGAGCUUGCGAGAGAGAAGAUGUGGGCGCGCAUCCACCUCAUCCCCCUCCUCCAGGCCGAGGAGGACCGCGACCAGGUCCGCAGGUGGUACGCCGACCAGUCGAGAGAGAAGGAGCUGUUGGGCGAGAACACCAAGGUCUACCACUCUGACAGAUUCGUCCGUCCUACUUUCGCUGUUGCACCGCAGACCAAGAACUAGAGCAUGCUUACGAGGUUUGAGGGGAUAAGAAGACGAUGGAGAUGAGAUGUAGAAGGGGGAUGUAGGGGACAAAAAGAAGAGCCGGCGAAAUGCUGGCGUGUGUAUAUGAUACUUUUCGGGACGGAGAGAAUCAAAGAACGACUUUUGUUGAAUCA